UAGCAAGCGAAGUGAAAGAGGAAACCAGAAUUGUACCGCGUAAAGUCACGAAACGGCGGAAAAGAAAAAACCCAACCCAAGUUCGGAAAGCGUCCACUGAGGUUGCGUUGCCCGUAGGUUCGAGACAUGGACGAAUCAAUGGCUGCCAAGCUGAUCAAAGGGAAGAGGCCGGAACUGAAGACGUGGAUUGGCAGGGACCCCACGUACCUGCUCGACUACUUGGACAGCAGGGAUUUGAUCUCUCGCGACAAAUACCACGGGGCCCGCGACAUGACGGUAAAAGUGGAGCGUGCCAACUUUUUGAUCGACGAGUUCAUUGACAGGGACGAGUGCCUCAAGCUCUGGAGGGCUCUCGAAAGCCUACAGGACCACUACCCCCAGCUGAAGGAGUGGAUCUCAGACUGUGCGUCGACCACACAUCACGCUUGUGACGCCUCCGGCUCCGCUGGACGUCCGCUGGACAGAAAGCCGUCAGCCUCAGAGUCCGACGCGGAUCAAAGGGAAUCUCAAACCUCGAUGCAGCCCGAUGGUCCCGAUGGAGGCAAACGUGGAGCGGCCACCCCCGGUGGACAUCGUCUGAAUAAUCCUCAAGAUGGCGAGGUUCGAGAUAUGGAUGAGGCAAUGGCUGCCAAGCUGAUCAAAGGGAAGAGGCCGCAACUGAAGAAGUGGAUUGGCAGGGACCCCACAUACCUGCUCGACUACUUGGACAGCAAGGAUUUGAUCUCUCGUGACAAAUACCACGGGGCCUGCGACAUCACGGUGAAAGUGGAGCGCGCCAACUUUUUGAUCGACGAGUUCAUUGACAGGGACGAGUGCCUCAAGCUCUGGAGGGCUCUCGAAAGCCUACAGGACAACUACCCCCAGCUGAAGGAGUGGAUCUCAGACUACGGGAAGUCUCGUAAUUAUAAUCAGCCCGACUCGACUGCAUUGGAUCAAGAUGAACAGCAAAUCACGCAGAUUGAUUCCAAACAAAAUACUCAGGUCCCUGUAAUUACUGACGAGGGGCUGCUCCAGAUCCACGAGAUGCUGCGGGUCAACAUCAUCAUCUUGAACUAUCCGCACGUGAUGAGGCUCGCAGGCCUGGCGGAAUUCUUCAUCGUGGAGUCCAAAGAAAACCACGGGCAGAACGUGAACGAGAGAAACUACGCCAUGCUCAGGCAAUGGAGGGAGAGCCUGGGCCGAGAGGCCACCUACGGCAGGCUGGCCGAGGCGCUGGACAAGGCCGGCUUCACGGGAUUGGCAAGGAAAGUCAUGGCGCUGUGACAGCUUCGCUCGGUGGGAGGUGGAGGAGGACGAGUAGGAGUGUUGUAUAUAUGCAUUUUCCAAUUUUUUUUUUAUUAAGAGUGAUUCUGCCAAUUUCUUUUUUUAGUUUAAUCAGGAUGUAGCACAGGGGCACGGAAGGGGGUCUUACCACUCACACCCCGCUGCCUCCUGCCUCGCCACACAAAGGACAGCUGGAGGAAGUCAUAAAUGUAGUUAGGAAAAGGCCUGAACAGCGAGAACCAAGCCAGGGGCAGUUGGGCAUUGCGAACUGGCUGGGGUUUUAAAAUACAACAGUAAAAGUUCGAAACUCAGCUAUAUCUUCAACCUCAGGAUAUAAAAAAUAUAACUCGAGAAUAAGAAGCACGGAUAACUGGCGAUACAGACAGGGAACAGAGGUUAAUAACACCCUCAGAAUACCUUUGGUAACAACUAUGGUAUGCCACAAAUCUUGGUUAAGCAUAAACCAAAUAAUACUUGUGAAAGUAUUAGACCUAGGGUUAUUCAGAAGAGAUACCAUGCGAAAUGGGUCAAUCACACACGACAAGGAUAAUAUGUAUUCCAUAGGAUCAGAGCCUCACCAACAGUCUUUGUCUUCCAGCAGGUAACACAGCAGAUGGUAGAAGUAAAUUAUGUAUGCAGGGGGGUGCCUCCCCUUAAUAUAUCAAAUACCACGCAAGGAUUCUAAACCGCGACAAAAAACAAUACUCUGAUAAUUUAUGCAUUGUCCUUGAAAUUAAUUGGUCCACACCAGAGACAACUUUUCUUAGAGCCUCGUCUCAUAUGGUGUUCGACCAGAUGACGCCAAAAGGCGCACCUUUUGGCGCACCAAUCAGUUUCAAGGACAAUGCAUAAAUUAUCGGAGUAUUGUUUGCAUUUGACUGCAAGUAUUGUGGUUAAUGUAAACAUGAUUCCUUGCAAAAGGUGUCAAUUUUGUUGCCAGAAAAAGGGGAAACCCCCUAUUAGUAUAAAGUGCAAAGAAGACACACACACAUAACGCGCACAUCGGGACUAAUAAGAUUAUUUUAAAAAGUUAUCUUUGUGUUUCAAAAAGGUUUGCCAUUCCAACGUGGUGUGUUAACUAUUAGCUGAACGUCAAAAAAUUGUUCUGCCCCUGCAAACCUCCGGGCUACUAUCAAAGGUUUGUUCAUGAAGCCAUCCAGAUAUAUAAACAUAGACAUAACUUCAACCGAGAAGAUGGAUACAAAUUGAGCAAUCAUUGGAAGUAUGUUAUUAACCAGGUAAAACCUUAACUGUUUAUUGUUUCCAUCAUAUUUGUCAGGUACUAGUCUAUUUUUAAAUCCUUUAUAUUAAGUUCACUUGCUUGCUUGCUUGCGCGCUUACGACCGUGCAAAUCUUUCGGUCGUUUUUUAACCCACUUCCCGUGAUCCAAUCGAGCUGACAUUUUGCACACAGACUCGUUGUGCGUGACAAUUAAUUUUUGUGAAAAUUUUUUUCCAAAAUUUUACACUGUUUAGGGAAUUUUUUUAAAAUAUUUAAUUGCCAAUUGCUUAAUGGUGGCAGGCAUUCAUCUGACCCAUAGGUGGCAGCCAUCUCAAGCCAGAGGACGAGAGGACUCUAGCCGCCACGCAUAUAAAGGAUUUAUAGUGAAAAACUUUGUUUUUACGGGUUAAUUUUUUCCGAGUGAAUUCCCCCCCCCCCCAGCAUCCCCAGUUUUCCCCGCCUCCCACUUCCAGCCCCGCCCACUUCCCCCCCAGCCUCACGUCCUCUCUCCCCCGAGCGCUCACGCAGCGCUCACCCCCCCUCUCUCUCCCCCCUUGCCCCUCCCCCCUUCUUACCUAUAUAACCUCUUGCCACGGCAGCUCUCUCUCCCACUUCAGAAUUUUUUUAAAUUCUUUAUUCUUUCUAGAUCCUUUAUUCUUGCCGUGGUUUUCCCACCUGAUGAAGAUUGCUUGUGUUGCAAUCGAAACGUCGUGAUUUGUUUUAUUUUAUUUCAAACUACGUGACUUUACCGAAAGAACCAAAGAGUAUGAAUACGGUCGUUUAGAAGUAUUUAGUCAUUCGUUUUCCUUAAUGGCAUAACCUCACCAAUAAAUUCAUUAAUGACACACUAAACAUUUAGAAGCAUCUAUGUUACGAAUCUACACACUCACAUGAAUACUAAUGCAUUGAGAUUUUUCUUUGAUCGCCGAAUCAUGCCCGCGAAUUCAUAGAUGUCCCAUUAGAACAAUUGAUAAGCAUCUGUUAGCUAAACAUACACUCGCACAUAUACUAUUGUUGUGGGACAUUUCUUAAUUACAUAAUCUUACCAAUGAAAUCAUUGAUGUAUACUUUUGCUUUGGGCGUGUGUUUCUCUAUCAUUGUUCGUAUGACUUGUUAUAUUAUAUUUUUAAGGACUUUUCCUAUCGCCGUGUAUGGUCGCUCUACUCUGAUAAAUUAGCCGAUUGUUCUGUUGCUCAGUUUUAACAAACGUAAACAUUGAGGGUGAAUUGUACGGAUCAAUAAUUAGGACAUCUCCAGGAGUACUGACAAUUCUGAGCAUAAGUGUUCGUAUAUUAGAGUGUGUUUAGAUAUUAAAGUUGCUUAACACAGAUGAGUCUGAGUGGUUCCUUCCAAAGUUCAUGUAUAAUAAUCUUAAUUAUGAGAACUGUAUUCUGCGGUGAGAUCAGAAUUUUGAGACCUGACAUAAAUACACUACCCCGAGACAACAAAGCUGAGCCCAAUCAGCAUACAUGCAUACAUUUUCAUAAUCACAUAAAUUUGCAUAAUUGCA